UUCCCGACGCUCUCUCUCUCUCCCUGCCCCCUCGCCCGCAUUCCCCAACCCAAUCCUCGACGCCGGCAUCGGCGGCGCCGCCGCCGCCCUCCCCGGGAAGCAUCGCUCCGUUUCCGUCCCCAUCCCUCCUCCUCCCCCCUCUGCCCCACGCCCGAAUCGCGCUCGCGCCGCAGAUUUCGCCCUCCCGCUGCCCCCGUAUCCCCCUUGCCUCCACGAUUUCGGCCGGGUUCGCGGCCGGCUCGUUAGGGUUCCGAUCCGCCGGGACUCGACCCCCGACCGCCCCGAUCGAAGACCGCCGCCGUCGCCUCGCCGCGCCUUCUUCAUCUUCCCCGGUAAAGGGUGCUUGAAUGGAGGAGCACAUGUUCGGCGGCGCCUGGGGCUCCUUGCCCUACCCUGGCUCCAACGCCAACGCCAACGCCAACGAGAACCAGUUCAUGUUUGAUGCCAAGUCCGCCCCGCAGCAGCUGCAGCUCUUCGGGAGCAACACUGUUGGUGCCAGCGGUUAUUAUAACUUCAAUGCAAAUAAUAACUUGUCUGUUAUGAACCAAGCAAGAAAGACAGGCAACUAUACAGUUGAUGAGAAGCAGCUCAAGCUUCAGAUGUCCUUGAACAACUAUGCUGAUGGGUUAGCAUGUACUGGUAAUUCAAGUGUUGUGUCUACUGGGCUGAAAUUGUCCUAUGAGGAUAAUGAGCGUAAUUCUUGCAUCACAUCUGGUAGUGGAAGCAUGUCUUUGACUAGCACGACGCCAUUUGUCAAUGAUAUCAUGAAAGAAAUGGAGAAAGGAAACAAAGAGAUUGACCAUUAUUUCAAAAUUCAGAUGGAACAACUCAGCAAGCGUGUGAAAGAGAUGGAGCAAAGGCGUAUGGUUUCUUUUCUGGCAUCUCUGGAACGAGGAGUAGGAAAGAAGCUGAGGGAGAAGGAACUCGAGGUGGAGGCCAUGAAUAGGAAGAGCCAGGAGCUGAACGAACAGAUCAGACAGGUUUCCAUGCAAGUCCAGUCAUGGCAGUCAGCGGCGAUCUACAAUGAAUCCAUUGCCAGCAGCCUGAAGAGCCAGCUGAUGCAAGUGGUGGCUGACCAUGCCAACCGCACCAGGGAAGGCUGCGGCGACAGCGAGGUGGAGAGCGCCGCACCCGGCCAGAAGAACAACAUCAAUGCCGCCGCCCCUGGAGGCUUCUUCGAGUCGAGCCUCCUCCUCAGAGGCAAGAACGUCGCUAGCGGCUCUGGGCCGGCGGCGGCAGCCACUUGCAGGUGGUGUGGCGCGAAGGAGGCGGCGGUGCUGGUGAUGCCCUGCCGGCACCUGUGCCUCUGCGCCGACUGCGAGAGGGUCGCUGGUACCUGCCCCGUGUGUCACUUCCCCAAGAGUGGUAGCGUCGAGAUAAACAUGUCCUAAGUGAACAAUCUUAUGUGCGUCAAAAUCAAAAUGGACUGUGAAGCAGAACAAGUGUACAUAGAUAUAGUAAAUCCAGUUGCUCUUGCCUUACUGUCAUGAUUCUGGCUUGGUCUUGCAAUCAGUGGCCCUAAAUUUUUUGAUGGUGGAGGAAGAUUUUGUCUCUUGUAGAA